GUAUUAGCGAUCUUAUCUAUUUUUGCCCCGUAUAAAAACCCUAGCAGAGGAAAUUCAAGUCAGUUUCGUGUGGUUCUAGCGGCUUGACUAUACCAAAGUACAAAAUAUCAAUAUGAAGGGUCUAGCAGGGCUAAUUUUGUUCGUUUUCGUUGUUAGUGCCAGUUUUGAUCUAGGAUCUGCCACUAAAUGUUACAUUUGUUCCUCCAACAAAGGCAACGGAAAGGAUUGUGAAACAAACGUUGAAAAGGAGUUUUCUGCAGAAUGUAUCGAUCCUACAAGUUACUGUAUGACAAUCGUUAUAAAAGAUGUAAUAACCAGGAGUUGCGCUAUAAAGAAUCAAUGCGAUGGUCUAGAAAGCGGCGCCAGUUAUUGUAAAGUGUGUAACACAGAUCUCUGUAAUACCGACAGCGGCGGUUUUGUACCAGGCUACUCCACCUCUUUGGUAGCUUCAUUUGCCCUAUUCAGUUUUAUGAAAUUGUUUGUGUAGAACUCUCUUUAAGCAUUAUUAGUUGUUGUUUUUUUUGUUAAUAAAUUAAUUUUCAUAUAA